CAUUUUGCAACCGAAAUAAAUCGCCCUGAAUUAAAAGCUAGUUAUAUAAGUAAACAGUCGCAUAUACCUUUUAUUGAGUAAUGAAAAUUAUAUAGGGUAAAGUUGACAUGAAAGCAAUUGCAGCUGUCAACGCGCUCGCAUAUAAAAAGCCCUCAAUCGAAUCGUCAUCAGCAGUUGAGCCUUGUUUACAGUUGAAUCGAGUUAAGUCAGCAAAUAAGAUAAUUAUGAAAAGUGAAAAAGUAACAUUUAAUUACUUGAGGGAGCCCACUUCCACUGAUCGCAUGCAAAUGACGGAUGCUGUUGAGUACUUAAGACGUGGCAUGACUACAAUGGGUUGGCUUACGCCAUCGAAGAACAGCCGAUAUUCCUAUUGUGGAAUGUACAAAUUUGUGAAAUAUUUCUUACUAUCAUGUGCCUUGUAUUUACCCAUUGGCUUGUCCAUAACAUAUAUUACGGAAUUUAGCACCUUUACACCUGGCGAGCUGUUCACUUCUCUACAGGCUGGUAUUAAUAGCCCAGGAGCCUUCAUGAAAGCUGUUCUGGCUGCACUUAAUGCUUGGCGCUUUCUUGCAGUUAAAGAACAGCUGACUAAUAUCAGCAAGCGAUGGAUAAAAGAUGAAGAGCAAUUGGCAGUUCAUCAUACUGCUAAAUUAUGCAAUCUUGCCUAUCUUUUGUUCUUGGGAAGCUACGUUUCAUUUGGAUCAUUGACUGUACUCACAGCGGUUUUGAGGGGACAAACUCCUUGGCGUAUAUAUAAUCCCGUAUUUGACUGGAGAGCCAACACAUUGUAUUUUUAUAUCGCAACUGGAUUCGAAAUACUUUUCAUGGGAUCAGGAAUAAUGUACAACCAAGUAAAUGACAGUUAUCCUCUAAUCUUCGCCAUAAUUAUACGCUCAAAUGUGAAUUUGCUCAAUAAUCGUGUUCAAAAUUUACGUACUGAUCCCAAGAGAAGUGAGGAGCAGAACUACGAGGACCUCAAGGAAUGUAUUGUUGAUCACAAGCAAAUAUUGGAGUAAUGACAAAAACG